AUGGCGGGGACGCUGGUGCGGAGGGCGGUGCGGACGGUGAUGGGCACGUUGGUGGUGGAGAUGGCGGGGACGGUGGUGGGGGCGGGGGCGGCGGGGACGCUGUGCAUCAUGCAAGUGAUCGCCAAGACGGGCUGGCGGGUGUCAACCGCUGGCAUCAGACCAGCCCCCCGCGAGUGGGCGCCGCCGCCGCGGUCGCGGCUACCUGCGGGCGCCGACCUGUUGGCGGUCCUCGAACCCGCCGACGACUGGAGCGAUUGCGCGCAGACCAGCCUGCGGCCGGCCACGGCCGAUGCCCCCGCAAUCGGCCCGGCCGCCGCCCUGGCCCUUCGCCCGCAGGGUGCCGGGCUCCUGCCAGACCGCCAGGACGGCUUGGUCCCAAUCAAACCACCGCAGCCUACGCUGCGGGCGGUGGACCCUGGCUGGCCCCCGCCGCCGCCGGCGAGCGCCUCUGCGAGCGCCUUUGCGAGCGCCGCCCCGCCGCGCCCGCCGCGGGCGACGCCUGCGACCCGCCUGGGCGCCGCGGCUGGGCCCCAACUCACCCCGGGACAAGCAGCCGCUCAGGAGGCAGCUGCGGGAGGCGCUGAAUCGGACAACCUCGCGCUCGAGGGCGCCGCGCCUAUGCGAGGCCCCGCGCCCGAGCCUGCCGACGCCAGGUCGUACGGUGCCGACGAUCCCAAUGCCAUGUUCAGGAUCGCAAACGACCCGGCGCGCGGCUUCACGUGCGCGCUCAACGCGACGCGGGCAUUGGUGCAGCCUCAGGCUGGUCGCGUCCAGGAAUGGACCGCCCAGAUGCGCGCGUUGGACCACGGGUGCGCCAAAGCCGCGUGGGCCAUGGCCGCCGGUACCGUCACGCCAAAGACGGGUGCCGGCUUCGCUGAACCCCUCAUGUGGGAUGGCCACGAUGUGACCGAGGGACGGCCGGCCCCGAUCGCGUGCCGCUUCCUGAGUGCCCUGAAGGGCCAGGGCGGCGGCGGUGCGCCGCUGGCGCAGGGCGCCAGCGAUCCCGACGAGUGGAGGUACGAUGUGGACAAGUACCCGGACAUGCACAGGCUGCCCGGCGGGAAGCAGCCCGAGCGGGACUACAAGAUGGGGCCGUACGCCCACAAAAUGCAGAAAGACCCCGCCACCGGGAAGCUGACGCCCGUGGGCGUAUUUUUCGUGUCCCCCCGCAAGGAUCCGAUCCCGUGA